AGGGAGGCAGGAGCUGAGCAGAGACGUCAGAGCCAGUAAGCUGGAGGCCAGUGAAGAAAGGGAGUGUGCAAAAAGAGGGAUGACAGAGAGGCAGCUCAGAAAAGACCUGAAACAAAGCAAGCCCCGGGUGUACUGAGCCUUCUCUCUCACUGGCUGAGAUAUGGAGUUUCUUAGCAAAGGUCCUCGGCUGUAAGGAAACCAAAGGCAGAAGGAGUCGAUUUUCUUUUAUCCCCCCCCUCCCCCACUUCAUCCCAAGUGAAGUUUUGUUUGAAAGGAAAUACAGACAGAUGCUGCCUAAUUGGGUUAUAUGUUGCAGGAAUGAGGCUGCAAGCAACAGAGUUUCACCAGCUACCUGGGUCGGUGAGGUAAGAGAACAUGCCUUUUAUCAACACAAUGAUAGCCAAUAAGACAACGGUGUUAAGCUGGACAACAACCACCUGCAACUCGAAGUCCACUGAACAGGUCAGAACAGCUGAUAAGAACUUUGUCUUCUUUGUUGAGGAACCACCAAGGUUUGAACCUGAAAGUAUUGGUAAUCUGCACCGGAGCUCCACUAAAAAGAGUUCAACAAAAGCUCUGAUUGGUACACAAGCAGUUGACAACACGGAGGUGAAGUGUCCCUUAAAGCCAGUCAAUAAUUGCCUUUUAAAGUCAAGACCAGCUGGUAGUGAGCAGAAAAUGUUGAAUCCAAAACUUGGCACCAGCAGCCCAAGCCUGGAUAUCAACAGUGUCACUGGGAAUGAACUUUCCAUGCAGAAACCAUUGAAGAAUACUUCCAAUGAAAGAUAUCCCCCCAAUAAAACAAGCAUCAUUAUUAGGAAUCCAAGUAUCAAGCAAAAGAUUUCAGAAUGGGAGGGUAAGAAGGAACCAGUGAUUUCAGAAAAUAAAGAAAAAUUGGAAAAUAAAGAAGCAAAAGAACUUGACAAGUUGGAACUGGUGAAACGAGUUGAAGGGAAUGUCCUUAAAAAGACUGAAUGUAAACACUCAAAAGUUUGGAACUUAGACAGCAAAGACGCUGGGAAAGAGAAUGAAUACAAGGUAGAUGAUGGAAAGGCUGGGUCCUUAGAAACUGAAAGCAGGUUGUCUGGAUGCCAGCAGAAUGAGAUGAUAAAGUCUGAUCUGACACAGCAAGUUGGCAGAAAGGUAAAAGAGGUGACCUGUACUAAAUUUGUGACAACACAGCCCUUGAAAAGGGACCGAACAAACGUGUUGAGUCACAUCAAGAAGCUGGAAGAAAAGGCAAAGGAAGAUUCAGCAUCAAGCCAACUCAAGCUGCCAGGUGAUUACUAUACCCCUCAGAGACUUCAGGAGGCAUUGGCUGCCCAGGGGCCAACACCAUCCAAGGAGAAAAAGGAUGGCAGCUGUAGCUCUGAGCUCAAGCGCAAGCAUAUCCAAUCCAAUUCUGAUUCUGAAGCAAGUGAGCUGAGUUUUGGGACUCUGGACAAGGUGAAGGUUUCCUGGGCAAGCUGUAAAAUUAGAAAUGUGGAGAAUAUCUACUCAGAACCUGGAACUCUGGAACAGGAGCUUGCAGUGAAUCCUGUGCCCAAACCUAGGCGAACUUUUGAAUAUGGGACAGAAAAAAUGGCUGGUCUGCAUUCAUUAAGGAAGAGCACCCGGCAAUUACCAGACUUACCAACGAUUCCCCCACCUUUGCCAUUGUCACCUCCCCCUUCAGUCAGUACAGGGGCACUAAAUGGGAAACCAAAGAUAAACAGUAAGGAUAACCGUCGGAAAUCCUUUGAAUUUGAAGAUGUAAAAGAUUUUCAAAGGCAGCAAUCUCCUAAUUGUUGCAGAAAUGGGCAAGUGGAUUGGUAUGCUCAAUCAAAGUUAGCACUGAACUACACUGUAUCAGAGGAAAACAUCUAUGAAGAUAUCCUGGAUAUUCCAAAGGAAAACCCUUAUGAAGACAUAGAGUCAUCUGACAGGCACUCAUUGGGAAAACAGUGUAUCCAAGUUCAUCCUUCAAUAGCUGGGUCUGUGUCUAAACCAGGGUCUCCAUCAGAUAUUAGGCCAGAGACUCCUACAAAGCUUCCAGUGAAGACUCCCUCCCUUUUUCGACACUCUUCAGAGAGAAGAAGUUUCAAAUUGCUGGAUCUAAGAAAAAUGAAUAAAGAUGGAAUAAGCUCACCACCAAAAGCCAGCCCACCAUCUACUCCCAGUAGUCCAGAUGACACAUUGAGCCUGGCAGGAGACCCUCAAGUAUUAAAGAGAAGGAAAAAAAUUCCUAAGGUGGUAUUGAAAAUUAAUGCAAUCUAUGAAGCCAGGAGGGGGAAAAAGAAAGUGAAGAGGAUUGCUCAGUCUUCAGAAACCAACACAGGAAGAGUUACAGAUGAAAACAGUGAAACUGACAGUGAGACUGAAGAGAAACUUAAAGCUCACAGCCAGCGCCUUGUGUUGGUCAAAUCCAUGCUGAAACAAAAGAGUCGCUAUCGGACUUUAGAGAGAGAUCUCAUCGAAUUCCAGGAAUGGCAAUUAUUUGAGUUCUUUGUCGUAGUUGCGCUCCACAUGAAGAAGGGAAGUAGUGUGUAUGUUCCUGAGGUUACCCAACAGUUCCCCCUCAAGCUGGAUAAACCAUUCAAGUUCAUGCGAGAAACGGAAGAUCAGUUAAAAGUCAUCCCACUGUUUUGUUUUCCUGAUGCCAAAGACUGGGCUCCUGUCUCUGAAUUUGCGAGUGAGACCUUUUCUUUUGUCCUGACUGGAGAAGAUGGAAGCAGACGAUUUGGGUACUGCAGGCGCCUAUUGCCCACUGGAAAGGGGAAACGUUUGCCUGAGGUUUACUGUAUUGUCAGCCGGCUGGGCUGCUUCAACCUCUUCUCGAAGAUCUUGGAUGAGGUGGAGAAGCGACGAGUGAUUUCCCCCGCCCUUGUUCAACCAUUCAUGAGGAGCAUCAUGGAAGCUCCAUUCCCUGCUCCAGGGCGAACUAUCACUGUUAGAAACUUCCUUCCAGGAUCAGGGAACGAAGUAAUCCAGCUCUGCAGGCCACUGGACUCUCGUCUGGAGCAUGUAGACUUUGAGUGUCUCUUUUUGUCACUGACUGUUCGCCAGCUCACUAAAGUCUUUGCUUCUCUUCUGCUAGAAAGGAGGGUGAUUUUCACAGCAGAUAAACUCAGUACCUUAUCCAAGUGUUGCCAUGCAGUGAUGGCACUUUUGUAUCCUUUUGCCUGGCAGCACACUUACAUCCCUGUACUACCUCCAUCCAUGAUUGACAUAGCCUGCUCUCCCACUCCAUUUCUGAUAGGACUUCUCUCCAGCUCCUUGCCCAAGCUGAGGGAUCUGCCACUUGAAGAGGUCCUGAUGGUUAAUCUUGGGACAAACAAAUUUCUCAGACAGGUGGAUGAUGAAGAUACCAUUCUACCACGCAAACUUCAGGUGGCACUUGAGCAUGUCCUAGAAAUGCGGAAUGAGUUGGCCAGUCAAGAAGAGGAGGACUCUCUCCUGGAUAAUCCUGGCUCUCUUAAUAGUGUGGUGUCUGAAACCUUCGUCCGUUUUUUUGUGGAAAUAGUCGGUCACUACUCUUUGUAUAUGACUUCCAAUGAGAAAGAUGAAAAAAUAUUCCUAUGGGAGGCAUUUCGCAAGUCUAUCACGUCAAAAAGUGUCCGACGGUUUCUGGAGGUUUUCAUGGAGACACAAAUGUUUGGUGGAUUCAUUCAAGAUCGAGAACUUAGAAAACUUGGGGUGAAAGGGUUAUUUGAGGUCAGAGCACAGGACUACCUUGAAUCUCUUCCUGGGAGUGAACAAAGAGGGAUGAACCGAUUUCUUAGAGGCCUAGGUAGCAAAAUGAAAUUCCUUCACAAGAAGUAAAAAAAAGGCAUUUGAAAGGCGUCUUAUUGGGAAAGAAGGCUGAAUCUAGCAUAGUCACUUUUUCUCUUAUCAAUUUUCCAUCAAAUUUGAGUUUGUCAAUACAGCAAUACCUGUUGAAGAGAAAAAGGAGACUGCUGCCUCAAAGCUGUGCACAAUUUAAUGUGAAAGCCUUGUGGGGGAGUACAACCCAGUUCCAUUGAAUAUUUAUUAUUUAGAUGUGCAUGAAGUCUGCCUUGCCUCUAUCUGGCUUUCACUUCUCAUUGGAUAAAGAUUACUUGCACGAUGUCACACCCUUGUCCGUGGAAGAGUUGGAGAAACAAGCAAAGGAUGGAGAAAGUACUAUUCAAGAGUGGUGUACAGUAAAACAGGCAUGGAACAUGCUGGAAGAUGAGGGCUCUGGAAAGAAAAAUUAGACAUUUGUAAAUUUGUGAAUUAAAAACACUGACUUCAGACACUUUUUAAACUUGGUUUUGAAUUCUACUGUCAAUACUCAGGAGUCACAAUCUUUGUCCUUUUCAGUUUAGCAUGAUACACCAGAAUUAUAACUGCACCAUGACAUUUGAAAAGUCUGUCAUUCUCUGUGUAACACAGUCAGAUAAAUGAAUACUGGGUUUAAGAUUAUAAUGUGAUUUUACUGUCAAGAGGUUGGCUUGAAUGAUACAAUUGAUCAGAAUAAUCUUGUACUGUAGAUAAUAUGCAUUUGCACUGGUCAAUGUGGAGCAAGUGGUAAGUGAAAACUUUGUCCAGUGCCUGCUUGAUAAUAGGACCAAGAUGCUGAGGGAUGAGGUACAAAGUGCAUGGAAUGAAGCUAGAGUCCAAGCAUAUUAUCACUAUGUACAAUGUUGUUAAACUGCAGAACCACUUGUAUGUCUCAAUAUGCUGCCUAUUGUCUGAAUUGCAUCUCUUUGUAGCAUUUGAAACUGAAUUGUAUCAGCUGUGGUAAAUUGAUGGAGAACUGUAUUUUGAGUUCUUGGGUUGGGAGAGUAUAAGAUUAGGGAGCACCCAAUUUCAUUUCACUUAAAUUAAGCAUUUUUUGGUUGUUCUUAGUGACUAUCUGUCCAUAUUUGAGGUAAUUGUAAAUAUGAAAAUGUCACUGAUGCUGACCUUUCCAAACAAAGUCCAGCAACUGUCCAUAUCCAAGGGAUUAUAACUACAUUUUUUAUUCAGCUAGUCACCUGUGUGCUGUUAAACACAACAUGACAAGAUAGGUCUGAAUAUCUUUCUGUAGUGGUCUCACUCAGCCUAAACUGUAUAAUAUUGAAUCCUGCUUGAGAGAAUUAGUGUGUUGCAGAUCUUUUUGCAAUCUACAACAUAAAUCUUGUUGCUAGAUACAAAAAGAUAAAAUUUUGAAAAGGCUUGCAAUAGAAGACUAAUUGUAAAUUGGUUCAGUUUGCAAGCUUUUGCUUUAUUUCCUGUGGAUCUUCAACACUAUGAAUUGUUGUACCAUAGUUCUCUUCAGAGGUCUGCACCUUCUGUAUCAAGCUUAUGUACGUCUGAGAAAUCAGCUGUAUGCUCUAUUGCUGGGCUGAUCUUUCACGUUUCAGAUGUUGACUGACAACUAGUGUACUAAGAGAUUUAACAACACAGAAUAUUUACAAGAGGCUGAAAGUGAAUCAUAAAGUAAUUAUGAGAACUGAAAUAGGUAUCAGGUAAAAGGGCACUGAUGUUUCAACCACUGUAAUGUAAUGGGCAGAGUUGUAAUACUGUAGUUUAACAUAGACAAAUUAUAAUACUAGCAUGAUCACUAGGUGGCUCUUAGUUUACAUAGUCCAGGCAAAAACAAAUUCCAGAAUGCUAGUCUUUUAGAAGCACUCCAACUGCUGAACAAGUCAGUUCAGUAUUUGCUUUUGUCCUGCUCAACUUUGAGAGUGUUAACAAAUAUCCUCUGGAGGUCAAUCCAUGAUGAUGGGAUCAAUCAAAUCUGGAAUCCUGGUUUUCUCUCACCCCUUUACCAUCUGUUAUCCCUCAGCAGCAAAGUAUUCAAAUGCUUGCUACUCUAACAUUUAGAAAUUGCACAAUAAUGACAACAUGGACGUAAGAUGACACUUCCGAUCUCUUUCUUACCUUCACAGUUCUGUGAAAGAAGUGCUUCAAUCAUGGUCAACUCUUUUUCGGCAGAGUCAGCUGAGAUUAGGACCACAAUUUAUCAGGAAGUUCAGCUUUUAAUCCACUUCUGGUCACUUUGGAAUUGUACAUUGGUGGGUCAAUAUGCUCCAUUACUAGGUACAGCAUAUCUUAGUGACCAGAGGUUCAGGUGCUGAGAUACACAUUCCAAUUACUCCAUUUGGUGCAAAGUUUCAUUUUUAGAAAUAGGCUUGUGAUAAUUUAAUUUUUCUAACACUAACUUUUUUUUUAUUAGUAGCUUUAUGGGAAAGUUAUGUCCUUGAGCGCUAUUCAUUCCCUUGAUUUGGACCGAGCACCUCUCUGCUGAACUACUCCAUCACAGGAUCAAUUAUUGGGUUCAGUGUACUGAAUUAAAAGACACAAAGGAACUGUGGCAGUAAGAAAAGGACUACAGAAAGCUCUGUAUUCUGAGAGUCAGACAUAGUAUAAGCUAAAUGAUUAAAGUGAAAGUGUGUACAUGUAAAUGCACAUGCCCACAAUAUGUUGUUUACACUGUGAAAUAAUGUUUUGUCUUAUAAUUGGGAAUGGUAUUUUGAAACCUAAUUCAAAGGAGAGGAUGGUCCAAACCAAAUGGAGUCUACUAAGACAUGUUCCCUGUCACCUUUAGUUCCUAUAGCUAGAGUAUAACACUAUAAAAGCUGGGAUCUUUUCAUGUAACAUAAAGAAAGUGCUAUUUAUUUUAGUGAUCUGAUUAACCAAAGUCUGUUGUUUGAAACUUGUCAAACUAAUUCUGUCGGAUACGGAUGGUCAAUAAAAAAAUGUAAGUGCAUUAAAUGGAAAGGAAAUCUCAACUAACAACAGCUUGGAUUGAUAUGGUUUCUUUCAUAACAUAAGGCCAUUCCACUUCAUGAAGUAUUUCCUGUAUUGUGAUGACUGUUGUAAUGUGGAAGCGCUGGUAACCAGUUAACAAAAGGGCCCAUAAACACCAAUGUGAGAAAUUGCUAUACAGUCGAUUUUAGUAGUGUUGGGAUAUAGAUUUGCUAAGACAAAGAAAUACAAAAACAUUGUAUACCAGAAUACUGCAAAAAAAGUCAUGAAUUUUGGGAAUAUUCCUGGUAUCAAAAUUGAUAAUUUGCCAUCUGACAACAAGGCAAGAAAUACUUGAGGGCUUUUUAUUCAAUGCAAAUGAAGAACACGCUUUCCAGCAGAAAAAAUACUGAUGUCCUGCAAUGUUGUUGCAAUAUCUUGGCUUGUACUGGUUCUGAACUUUUCCAUUCUCCUUCAUCCAGAGACUUUCUUUUUCCAUCCACCUUCUUCCUUUUUAUCUCCAGCUUAAAGUUUCAAUUCUUUUGUAAGGAGACCACUAAUGUACUAGAGGGCUCUCCAUGACUCAUCCAGCAAAGCAAGUCAAGCAAACUCCAAUAAUUUGCUGAAUUGUUCUUCAUACAGUACUAUGUUUAAUUGUACAGUCUUCAAUGCUUAUAACAAUCAGGCUAAUUCAAAGGAGGUAACUGUAUUAAUGUAACAACCAAAACAGGGAAAGA